CAGAGGCCAUACGUUGACGUUCGUUAGUACAUAUCGACAGCCUCAAAUCCCAGGCCAAAAGCCACCUUCCCUCCUUCCACAUGGGACCCCUCAAGCUCGAAGCUACCUACUAACUCACUCACUCACACAGCAGCACUCAAUCCCAAUACCACAACUCCCUCCACUCCCCAACAAACAACACCAACACCGCAAUCAUGGCACCCGGCAUGUCCCUCUUCUCGAUCAACGCGAUCAUAAUCCUCAACUCGGACGACGGGUCGCGGGUCUUCGCAAAGUACUUCAACGCACCACAUCACCAAACCACCGGACGUACGUUUAGUUCCUCCCGCCCGCAGCACGCAUAUCCCAGAAACAAAAUUGAGAUUGGAAUUGUAAUAUUGACAAAAUUACAGAUCCAGGUCCACAAGCCUCUCCAUACGCAGACGUCAAAUCGCAAAAAGCCUUUGAAAAAGGCCUCCUAGAGAAGACCGCAAAGCAAACCGCCGACAUCAUCCUGUACGAUAACCGGAUCGUCCUGUACAAGAGCGAGAGCGACGUCAUGAUGUACAUCGUCGGAGGAGUGGACGAGAACGAGAUUAUGUUAUACAACGUCAUUCUGUGUUUGAGGGAUAGUUUACAUCUGUUAUUCAAGUACGUUUCUUUCCCAAAUUAUCCCCCCCCAUAUUCCCCCCAGAGUAACCUGUCACAAACGGAGGCUGGCGAAAUUCUAAUAUGGGAAAUAGACAAUCCGUCGACAAACGAACCAUAAUCGAAAACUACGACCUCGUCUCCCUCGCCAUUGACGAGAUGGUCGACGAUGGAAUCAUCCUCGAAACCGACCCCACGAUUAUCGUCCAGCGAGUCAGCAAAGCCCCCACGCAGGACGUCACACAGCUGAAGAGCAUCGAUUUGAGCGAGCAGGGAAUGAACAAUCUGGCGCAGUUUGGAAAGGCGAAAUUGGGGGAUUGGUUGAGACAGGGUUUGUGAGGGCGCAGGUCUAGGGAAAUGUUUGUUGUUACAGCUUUGCAUGUUAGGGGAGGAGACAGGAAUUGAGUUUUCUGCUGUGGGAUUGGAAGAAGUCAUGGGGAUAGCCACGCGGGCAGAGAAGCUGUGAGAAGGACGGGGAGAAUAUCAAAAUGGGGGCCUGAUAGAAUUUGGAGUUCAGGUACAGCACAGCGUUUUUCCCGGAGGCUCUCCUGGCAUGGAGAUGAAUUUAACGAGACUUCACGUUCGACACGAUUUUGCGAAACGUAAUUGGAAAAUGUGCAUAUAUUCUAUUUCCGCCAGAUCCGAUAUUAUGGUCUACG